GGUUCUGCAGAGUCAUCAGACCCCGUGCUUAAAGGAGAAGUGAGGGAGGAACAUGUUGAAAUCAGUUUUUUGACUAUUUGCCCAUUUCCAUCUGAGAGAUAAGAGUGAGGCCAGGCUGCGGCUUCAGGAUCAAGACAGGAGGAGAUGGAUCUGUCCCACCGGUUCUCCAAGGAAGAGCUGGCCCUGCUCUACGAGGAGGUUCUCUACACCAUCCGGCACCGCCUGGGCAAGCCCGAGCAGCAGCAUGUCAAGGACUCCCAGGAGCUCUACUCCUACGUGCAGAAGGCUUUUGGCAUGAACGCGGAGGAGCACGGUGUCAUCAUGCAGCAGGUCAUGGAGCUGGAGAGCCCCAUUUACUGCCUGAAAGCCACGGUGAAGGAAGCCAAGGGAAUUUUGGGUAAAGAUGUCAGUGGGCUCAGUGACCCUUACUGCCUGCUGGGCAUCGAGGCCAGGAGCCAGGAGCCAGCCCACCCCGACCCCAGGAAGAGGAUGAAGGCUGUGGUCAAAGACCUCAUCCCCGAAGACCAAAUCCAUCGCACCCAAGUCAUAAACCAGACCCUCAGCCCAGUGUGGAACGAGACCUUCAUCCUGGAGUUUAAAGAUGUGGAGACAGCCAGCUUCCACCUGGACAUGUGGGACUCGGACGUGGUGGAGUCGAUGCGGCACAAGCUGGGAGAGCUGACAGACCUCCACGGCCUCAAAAGGAUCUUCAAGGACGCUCGCAAAGACAAGGGGCAGGAUGAUUUCCUGGGGAACGUGGUGGUUCGCCUGAAGGACCUGCACUGCUGGAAUGACCAGUGGUACCAGCUGGAGCCACGGACAGAGACCUAUCCCGAGCGGGGCCACUGUCACCUGCAGUUCCUCCUGACGCACAAGAAGAGGGCCACCACGAGCAGCAGGACACAGCCCAGCUACACCGUCCACCGCCACCUGCUGCAGCAGCUGGUGUCCCACGAGAUCCUCCAGCACCAGGCCGGCAGCACCUCCUGGGACGGGGAGCUGAGCAGCCACGCCAGCACUGUGCUGUACCUGCACGCCACACAGAAGGACCUCUCUGACUUCCACCAGGACAUGGCGCAGUGGCUGGCCUACAGCAAACUGUACCAGAGCCUGGAGUUCAACAGCAGCUGCCUCCUCCACCAGAUCACCAGCAUCGAGUACCGGUGGGUGCAGGAGCGCCUGAGGCCAGAGCAGAAAGCAGAGCUGGCCGAGUCCUUCCAGUCCCUGCUGACCUACGGGGUCUCCCUCAUCCGUAGGUUCCGCAUCAUUUUCCCCCUCUCUGUCCCGAGGUCCACGGAGAGGCUCCAGUCCCUGCUCCGGGUCCUCGUCCAGAUGUGCAAAACCAAAGCUUUCCGUGAGCUGUGCACACCCAGCCCUGACCUCCCCCACAUGGUCUCCACAGCUCUGAAGUCAGGCACCACGGAGUGGUUCCACAUGCAGAAGCAGCACCUCAAGCCCAUGGUGAAGAGCAUAGAAGAGAAUAGCAAAGCCUUGUCCAAGCUCCUCCUGGAGGUGAUAGAAGAUCUCAAGCAGUGCCAAAAGAUCUGGAAUAAAUUGUUCAGCACCAACCUGAAGUUGAAUAUCUUCUCCAUUGCCUACCUGGAGCUGGAGAGUCUGGUGGCAGAGCAUGUCCAGGAGCAGCUGCACCAGGUUGACAGCAGCAUGUCCAGACCCACGGCCGAGAGCCUCUUUGAUCUCUACAGGAAACUGCAGGAGCUCUAUCAGAUGAAGGACUCCCUCCCAAGCAGGGAUGGACCUCUGGCUCUGAGCAACUUCCACCAGUGGUUUGAGGAAGCAUUGCCCCUGUGGCUGCAGAAGGCCUACACCACCACGCUGGAGAGGGCCCAGAGAGCCAUCCAGAUGGACCAGCUGAAGCCUUAUGGGUACCACAAGCACAGCACAUCUACCGUUGACCUGUCCACCUGCUACGCCCAGAUCAUGACAACCUGGCAGCAGCUCAACUGGCCAGACCCUGAGAAGGCCUUCAUGAUCAUGGUCAAUCUCCUGGAGGACAUGUGCAAGAUCUCCCUGAUGUACUGCAAGCUCAUCAAGGAGAGGGCUGAGGCUCUGUCCCUGAGCGAGCAGAACGAGGGCGAGGCGGCCAACAAGCUCUGCGUCGUGGUGAACAACAUCGAGCAGCUCCGGCUGCUGAUGCUGAAGCUGCCAUCACAGCUGGGCUGGGCCCAGCUGGAGCAGCGCAUGAGGGGCAUCAUCGACCCCCAGCAGAUCCAGAACGCUCUGCACAACCAGCUCGACAGCACCGUGGCCUGCCUGGACCACGAGGUCCGCGACGUGGUGAAAGCCCUGGCUACCAAGCUGGAAAAGGGCAUUGCCAGACACAUCCAGGAGCUCUCAUCUUCCAGUGACACCCAGAAGCCUGAGGAUUCCAUCAUCCCGCUCAUGAAGUUCCUGGAGUCGGAGCUGCAGUACCUCAAUGAGCAUCUGGUCCAGGAGAACUUCAAAAGCCUCCUCAGUCUCCUGUGGCACCACACCCUGUCCGUGCUCUCAGCAGCACUGGGGCCGCAGGUGCCCUCGGUCCAGCACUGCCAGAGGCUGUUCUGUGCCCUGAAGAGCCUGGAGCUGUGCUUCCACGCCGAGGGCUGUGGGCUGCCGCUGGAGACCCUCCACAGUGCAGCCUUCCAGACGCUGGAGGCUCACCUGGCUCUCUGUUCUGCCAGCAGCCGCAAACUCAUCCAGAAAUACUUCAGCAACAGGAUCCAGCAGCAGCUGGACAUGAGCUCAGAGAAGUACGGGGCCGUGACCAUCAAAGCUCUGUACCGGCCUUCGGAGCAGAAACUCCGUGUGGAAGUGCUCAACGCCACCAACCUCAUCCCGCUGGACUCCAACGGCUCCAGCGACCCCUUCGUGCAGCUCACCCUGGAGCCCCGGCACGAGUUCCCCGAGGUGGUGGCUCGGACCACCCAGUGCAAGAGGAACGAGCUGCACCCCCUCUUCGACGAAGCCUUCGACUUCUUGAUCCCCUCCGAGAAGUGCCGGCAGGAGGGGGCCUGUCUGCUGCUGACCGUGUUUGACUACGACGUGCUGGGCUCCAACGACCUGGAGGGCGAAGCCUUCUUGCCCCUGUGCCACCUGCCCGGCCUCGACAGCGAGGAGGACGAGGCCGACACGGGCCGGGUGCCGCAGACGCGGCUCCCCCUCACGCACCCCAAGCCCGCGGAUGAGAUCCUGCAGCUGCUGGAGUCCAGGAAAAGGGACAAAGAAGCUCAGGCCUUCGUUAAGCUCCGCAAGCAACGAGCCAAGCAGUCCAAGGAGACAGAGUGAGGGAGGGACAGGAAGAUGGAUGGCCCUGAAAGGGGAACCUUGGUGAUGUUGGAGCCAGAACCAUCUGCAGGGAGUGUGGGGACAGAGGGGUCCCUGUGCCAGCACCCAGCACCCAGCUCACCCCCACCUUCGGGCAGCAACACCCCCAUGAGCCAGGGAGGGUGGGCAGGUGGACUGGAGGGGAUUUCUCUGCCUGCCUGGACUAGUAACACUACACGAGGGAUGUGGAAGCGUGGCUGUCCCUGUCCGUCCCUCUGGAGUUUGUCACUGCCAGUGCUGCAUCUCCUGGCCGCGUCCCCAGCCCUCCUGUCUGCAACAUGGCAUGGCCAAACCUGCCUUCAUUUUUCUUUAAAAUGUUUAAUUUCUUUCCCCCCUCAUUUUCUUGUGGAUAAGCCUCUUAUUUUAAAUGAAAAGCCACAAAGCUGAUGCGUGGGCUGUGUGCUUUGGGGCAGUGGCCCUGUGCUGGCAGCAGCAGCACAGUGGGGUGGGACAAGGCACUUGAGGUCUGGUGGGAGCUGCUGAAUUUCUCAUUUUUUAAAAUGUCUAGCUCUUGUGUCUGUUUGGGUGUUUUGUUUUUUUUUUUAUUUUACCACCAAUUUCACUGACUUCCUGGAAGCCUGGGAUCUUGCUGGAGCCCGGGCAGCAAUAAUGAGCAUCACAGCCCUGGCAUCCAAAUCAGGAGGAAUUUUGGGCAGCUGACAGCCCAGGCAUGGGAUGCAGGUCCCUGGCAUCACUCCCAGCCUGUGCCAGGGACAUGGGUCCCUCUGGAAGUGGGCUGCAUCCACGUGGGGUGACCCAGUGCCACAGUAAAAAUACCUGACAAGACAGGUGGUUUUAACAAUUUGUUGGGGUUUUUGGAGCUUGUUUUCUCUGCAAUUAGUACUAAUUAUACACCUGGAGCUCCCUCUACCCCUACCCUGCAAGGGGGUGGCCAUGUUUGAGCUGCAGCAGGUCCCUGGGAGCUGCCAGGAACCAGGGAAUUAAAAGCAUCCCCCUCCCGGGUGCCUGAGCACCAGCUGCUCCCUCGGUGGGCAGAGCAGCCUCUGGGUCAGCUCAGGUCAAAUCCUGGAUGCGGGGGUGGGAAAAGGAAAAAAGCUCCUUUGCUAUCUGUGUGACAGAGCCCACAGCAGGAGGGAUUAAGGCACUGCAGGCUCUCAAGGAAGCCAUUUGCUGGCUUAGGUUUUUAGUGCAGAGAAAUAAUAUUCCAGAGCUGGGUCUGGGAUUGUGGGGAUGCUGUCUCGGGGUGUCAUUCAUUUGGAGUGCCUGCACCCUGCAGCUCAGCUGGGGCUGGCACCUGCUGGCAGCCACCUCAUGCUUUAUUACGAGGUUUACUCCACAGGGCUGGGGGUUUGAAUAUGGGCUCAGCUCAUUUUUAUCUAUUUUUAAAAACAUCCCUGUGUCCCACCUUGCCCUGGGCUGCCACCAGCCAGGUGUGUCCAAGGGAGCAGGUGGCACGGGCUGACCUCUCUUCUGAGGUUGUUUGCACUGUAUUAUUCAAGGUGUUUUAGAUGAAUUUUUGCUCAGCUACAGGCAGUGGUGUGGGUCUUCUCCCACCCUAAAAGAAAUCCCAACUUUUACAGAGAAACACUAAUAAACCUUAAUCAGUCAGAGCACAACUAACCCCAUGAAGCAGAACAGCCCAAACAUUAAAAAUAAGGCUUGAAGCACACUAAACCAGCUCCCAGCAAAUGCAAGAAUGACAAAGAGGAAGAAGUCUCCAUCAUCAUCCUCCUAAUCCUGGUGAAGAACCCCACACAGGCCAGAACACAAGAGGGAAGGGGCUGGCACUUAGAUCUACUGAUUUUAUUGUUUUACCAAUAAUCUGCAAUACAAAUGGGCCCAUUCAGAUUAUUGUAGUGAUUGGACUAAUGGGAAGUGGUUGAUGCAUCUUUGAAGCAUUAAUUAGACCAGAUUAGUUAACAGGUAAUUCUUGGGUGCACAGGCCAGGUGUGUUGUUUUGGGUGCCAACACACACAACACUGUAUCCACUGUGCAGGCACAGCUCACCUCUGCCCAGCCUGGCUCUUCCAGGACAUAAAUCCAUGUGCAGACCAAGAAUUUGGGUGAGAAAUUUUUGGAUUUGCCACUUCCAAAGAGGUCUCUGCCCCACCUUAACCACACUGCAUUGAUGUUCCCCCUCUUUCACCACACCUCCAUCAGGAAAGUGAAUUGCAACACCCCGAAAAGGGAGGGGAGCUCAGAGAGAAAUUAUUCUUAGUUGUGUGAAAAUCAGCCACGGAUCUGUUGUUCUGAGGGCUCCAAAGCCCUCAAAGAUUUCUCCACCCUCCCAAGGCCCAGAGCAGAGCCUGGGGCUGCACAUCCACCCGGGCACGCACACACACACAUGCACACACUGCUUCGGUUUGUAUUUUUUUUUCUUAGCAAAAAAAUAAAAAUUUAUUGUCAUCUAAAAAAAAAAAAAAAAUCCAUCCUGCCCUUGGAAACUGUGACACAGAUUGAGUUCUUUCCAGCCCCACAUGCAAAUUCACUCUGCCAAGAAAAGAGUCUAAACCAGGUUUCCGACAGCCAAAACACAUAUUUACAGAGUACGAGAGAACGACAGCUGAAAUCACAGUUCUAUACAUGGAAUCAACAACACGUUUUACACCACUGAUCACCAUUCUGCCAACUUCUACACGGACUAGGGGCGCCUCUGCCCAGUGCCCUUCCUCCUGGGGAAAGCAGGGAAGGGACUGGGCAAGAAUUGCCACCAGAAAUACUGCAGUGUGUAUUAUUAUUAUUUUUUUAAAAUGUAUACUGUAUUUAUUCUGUUUUAACAUUGGAAGCUACAGAGUGGGGAAGCCCCAGAAAUCUCUCCAAUGCAGUCACUACUUUGCAGGAAUACUUCACCUUUAAAAUACUAGGUUUUACAUCAGUAACAUCUAUUUUGCUGUUGGCCAUCACUCCAAGGAUUAUAGUAACUCUGGAGGAAAACACUGGUAAUAUUCUUCCUUCUCAGAUAGGGGGAAAGGAGGAAGAGAGGAGGUUCAGAGGCUGGUGGAACAGCAAGGGAUGACUGAGUCCAUUCAGUGUUACAGGCUUCCUCCCAGGGUAAGGAAUUCUCUUCAUUGUCUCAGCUGCACAAGCCUUGCCAGUGGCUCAGGUUCAGCUUCAGAGAUGUACAAAAGUGUAAAACCCUUUGGCAGGGGAUCAGCUGCAGGGACCCCCAGGGGUGGGAUCUGCUUUAGGAAAUGUGCUCCAGCUCUGAGACCUUUCCUGGGUCCCUCCUGUGCCACUGCAGGCACAUGGCUAUGGCCCCUAAGGCCAGAGAGGAGCUCAAAAUGGUCCUGUUAGCCCAAAAUCCUAAAAUCCUUCAGCUCCUGGCUCUCACCUACAGCUCUGACCCUGCUUGUUGCUCUGGAUCUACCCAGGCUAGUGUUGUCCCAAGCCAGCUGCUUCUAGGUUGGUUUUCCAUAAUAAUAUAAAAGUUUAUUGACCUUUAGGAUGCUGUGGUUUCACAACACAACCACAACUCCUUCCCCCCCAGCUCUCAACUCAGAAGUGUCCGACCUGCCCAAUUCAUCACCAAGGUCAGCUCUUCUGAAGCUCCCAAAAAUCUGGGGAGGAAAUUGUCAUUAUCCACUCAGGAGUCUGUCUGUGUGGGGAAGCAGGACCCAGACAUGGUCAGGGCUGUUCAGCUGGGCUGCUCCCCAAGGAACCUUGUGGACCCCACUUUUGUUUUGAAGCCCCCUCAGCUCUGCUGUGUUACUGUGUGUCCUGUAAAGGGAGUUCCUGCUUCAGAAGGAAGCCUGACAGUACGUGACAGGGGCUGCACUUAUUAGCACCAGGUUUAUUUCAGCUCUUUUUACACCAUACAAAAGCUGAUCACAGACUCUUAAGCCUCAACUGCAGUGCUGUGAUUAUGGUUUGUCCUUCCUGCACGGAGCAGGCAGCAACAACUGCUGGAGUGGGUCAGGAAUGCUGCUCCUUCCCCCUGCUCCCACCUCAUUUGGUUCAGAAAUUGUCUUUAAAUGGCCCACCAGAACAUUCACAAAAUAUGCAAAGAUGUAGUUCUCUUUUCCAUCUGAUGCUUAAGAAAAUAAAUUCACAUUUCAAUAUUCCUCUCCUUAUUUUUUUU